UUGUCCGCUGAUUCCCUCUCACACAAUGAGAAGAAAAAAACCAAAUCAAUCGACAGUGAACUGAAUCCCGUGUGGAAUGAGGUGCUUGAAUUUGAUCUAAAAGGCAUCCCACUGGACUCCAGCUCCCACCUAGACGUGAUUGUGAAAGACUAUGAGACUAUUGGGAGAGAUAAAUUCCUUGGGUCAACCAAAAUCCCUUUGAGAGACCUUGCUUCAGGUCAAGUGAGAUCUCUGCCAUCUAAAAAUGUUCCUCUGGUUGAUGAAAAUGGGCAAACUAUUGGUGCAACCAUCAACCUUGUGAUUGCCUAUGAUCCCCCAGCCAAUGCCUCACCAAACCCAAAUGACCCUCAUAGUGGAGAUUCCACAAUGGACGCUGCUGGUGGAGAUGGUGGAGAGGGUGGUGCGACUCUUCCAGAUGGGGGCCAGAGUGCCUCUGCAGGAGUCUCCUCACCUAAUGCUCAGCGUGCCAAUGUUAGCCAGAGAUUAAACAGGGCACAGAAGCGUCAUAGACUCAUAAAUAAACCCCAGGACUUCCAGAUCCGAGUUCGCGUCAUCGAAGCCCGGCAGUUGUCUGGCAAUAACAUCAAACCAGUGGUGAAGGUUCAUGUAUGUGGAGAUACUCACAGAACAAGGAUCAAGAGGGGAAACAAUCCCUUCUUUGAUGAGAUGUUCUUCUACAAUGUGCACAUUCUACCAUCAGACCUGUUUGAGCAGAACAUCAACUUUCGGGUGUAUGAUUCCUAUUCACUGAGAGCUGACAGUCUUAUGGGAGAAUUCAAGCUGGAUGUCGGUUAUGUUUACGAUGAGCCAGACCACUGUGUCAUGAGGAAGUGGCUGCUGUUAAAUGACCCAGAUGACUCCAGUUCUGGGGCCAGAGGUUACCUCAAAGUCAGCCUCUUCGUUGUAGGGGCCGGGGACGAGCCUCCGGUGGAGAAGAGAGAGUCUAAUGAUGAUGAAGACGACAUAGAAAGUAACCUGCUGCUUCCAGCUGGGUUGACUUUGCGAUGGGUCACCCUCUCACUGAAGGUGUUCAGAGCUGAGGACAUUCCCCAGAUGGAUGAUGCUUUUGUCCAGACCUUGAAAGGAAUUUUUGGAGGAGAUGAAAACAAAAAGAAUCUCGUGGAUCCAUUUGUUGAGGCUCGUUUUGCUGGCAAAAAGUUGUGCACUAAGAUCAUUGAGAAGAAUGCAAAUCCAGAGUGGAACCAAGUCCUUAACCUUCAAGUCAAGUUCCCAUCCAUGUGUGAGCGUAUCAAACUGACUGUGUUUGAUUGGGAUCGCAUGACAGGAAAUGAUGCUAUUGGUACCACAUACCUGAACCUGGCCAGGAUAGCCUCCUCCGGUGGAGAAAUAGAAGAGGAACAUGCGGGAAAUGGGGAAAUACCGUCAUACGAAGCAAACUCAGGGGAAUCUGAGGUUGGCUUCCUACCUGUGUUUGGACCCUGCUACAUCAACCUGUAUGGAAGCCCCAGAGAAUUCAGUGGGCUACCAGACCCCUAUGAGGAUCUGAAUUUUGGCCAGGGAGAGGGUGUGGCGUACCGGGGAAGGAUUCUGGUGCAGCUGUCCACACAGCUUGAAGGGAAAGCAGACAAAACAGUGGACGAUAUCCACAGCGACGACAUCCUUGUGGUACAGAAGUAUCAGAGGAGGAGAAAGUACUGUCUGUGUGCAGUCUUCCACAGCGCCUCCAUGAUUCAGGAACCUGGGGAGCCCAUCCAGUUUGAGGUCAGCAUUGGUAACUAUGGCAACAAAUUGGACACCACCUGCAAACCACUGGCCUCCACCACUCAGUACAGCUGUGCUGUCUUUGAUGGUAACCAUUACUACUACCUGCCCUGGGCAAACACAAAGCCAGUGGUUGUGGUUACGUCAUUUUGGGAGGACAUCAACUAUCGCCUGGACUCUGUCAACAUUAUCCUCUACAUAACUCAUCGUUUGCAAUCCAACCUGGAGACAUUAAAAACUGCCAUUUUAGCUAAAGUCUCUGAGAACCAGCUGCUAGAGGUGUGGCUGAAGUUGCUUGAUCAACUGACUGAAGACCUGGAAAGUUUCCCAACACCUGACUUAGAGGGCGGCUCUAACCUCACAACUCUGGACAUCCAAAUCAAGAAAUUGCGAGACAGCUCUUUGACCACCAUCAAAGAAGCAGCAAGUCGCAUGAGAGCUGAGGCUUCAGAGAUCCGUGACACUGUCUCUGACUUGGAGGCCUGGCUGGAGAAACUCAAACUGCUAGCUGAGGAGCCCCAAAACAGCAUGCCUGAUGUGAUCAUUUGGAUGCUGCGGGGUGAGAAGAGAGUGGCCUACUGUCGCAUUCCAGCUCACCAAAUCAUGUAUUCCACGUACAGCGAGCAGGCCUGUGGACGACAUUGUGGCAAGACCCAGACCAUCUUUUUACAGUACCCAAUGGACAAGACCAAAGGAUUGAAAAUGCCAGUUCAGAUUAGAGUCAACAUGUGGCUGGGUCUGUCGGCACAUGAAAAAAAGUUCAACUCAUUCUCUGAGGGAACAUUCAGCGUGUUUGCUGAGCUGUAUGAAAACCAGGCCCAAGUCUUUGGGAAGUGGGGGACCACAGGACUGGUUGGACGUCAUAAAUUCUCAGAUGUAACGGGCAAACUGAAGCUGAAACAAGAGUACUUCGUUCCACCCAGGGGAUGGCAGUGGGAGUCUGACUGGUUCAUUGAUCCAGAAAAAGCCCUGCUAACCGAGGCCGAUGCAGGACACACUGAAUUCUUGGAUGAGGUUUUCCAGAAUGAAACCCGCUUCCCUGGUGGAGAAUGGAACGCUGCCUCAGAGCCGUACACGGAUGUGAAUGGAGAGAAAAGCCCAAGUCCAGGAGACUUUGACUGUCCCCCUGGUUGGAUGUUGGAGGACAGCUGGACUGUUGAUGAUAACAGAGCUGUAGAUGAUCAAGGAUGGGAGUAUGGGGUGACCAUUCCCCCAGAGGACAAGCCUCGCUCCUGGGUCCCUGCGGAGAAGGUGUACCAUGUCCACCGCAGGAGGAGGCUGGUUCGACCCCGCAAGAGAACUGCACUCCCUGCUGGAGCAGCAGUGGAGAGGCGUGAUCAAGGUGACCCUGAAGGCUGGGAAUUAUCCUCUCUAAUUGGCUGGAAAUUCCACAGAAAAGAACGCUCAUCAGAUACAUUCCGUCGAAGGCGCUGGAGGCGUAAGAUGGAACCAGAAAAUCGGCUGGGGGCAUGUGCCAUCUUCAAGCUGGAGGGGGCGUUGGGUGUUGAUACAGGGGAAAAAGAAAAAGACUCCAAAGCUGAUGCCUCCAAGCUGUUUGGUGCUAACACACCCACUGUGUCCUGUUCCUUUGACAGGUCAUUCAUGUACCACCUCCGUGUCUAUAUCUAUCAGGCGAGGAACCUGACAUCGAUGGACAAAGACAGUUUUUCUGAUCCGUAUGCACACGUCUCCUUCCUGUAUGUCAGUAAAACAACAGAAAAAUUCAAAGCAACGCUGAACCCCACUUGGGAUCAGACUCUCAUUUUCAAUGAUGUAGAGAUUUAUGGAGACCCGCAGAACAUUGCUCACUGCCCUCCUGAUGUGGUGCUUGAGUUCUACGACAGUGACCAAGUGGGAAAGGACGAGAUGCUUGGCCGUAGUGUUUGCAUUCCAGUUGUGAAGUUAAAUCCUGGUAUGAAUCAGACACCCAGGCUGCUGUGGCACCCAAUCAUCCAGAGGGGACAGAAGGCUGGGGAGGCACUUGUGGCUGCUGAGCUUAUUCUCCAAGAUAAAUCUGGCGAUUCAGAUCUUCCGCUGAUUCCCCCAAAGCGAGCAGAGAACCUGUACAUGGUUCCUCAGGGCAUCCGCCCUGUGGUGCAGCUGACUGCUGUGGAGAUCCUUGCAUGGGGUCUGAGGAACAUGAAGUCAUAUCAGCUGGCCUCGGUGUCUUCACCCAGCCUUGUGGUGGAGUGUGGAGGGCAGAGGGUGGAGUCAGCCGUCAUCAAGAACAUGAAGAAGAGCCCUAACUUUCCCGGCUCUGUCCUCUUCAUUAAAGUGCUCCUCCCAAAAGAUGAAAUGUACACACCUCCCAUUGUUCUGAAAGUGAUCGACCACCGUCCCUUUGGCAGGAAGCCUGUCGUAGGUCAGUGCACCAUCACGUCCUUGGAGGAGUUCAGAUGCGAUCCUUAUGUCAUCCAAUCUGAAGGAGCCAGGGCCUCCAAAAUGGCUCUGAUGAUGGCUUCACCUUACAAAGAUGUCUCCAUUACCAUGGAAGAAACAAGGACGAUGUUGGAAGCUCAGGAAAAAGAAACGGUUGAUUGGUGGAGCAAAUUUUACGCUUCAGUUGGAGACCGAGAAAAAUGUGGCCCUUACCUAAGGAAAGGAUAUGAUACCCUUACAGUUUAUGACUGCGAAUUGGAGAGUGUCCCAGAGUUCAAAGGCCUGACAGAUUUCUGCAACACCUUCAAACUGCAGCGCGGCAAGAAUGAAAAUGGAGAUGAUGACCCGACUGUGGUCGGCGAAUUUAAGGGUGCUUUCAAGGUGUACCCUCUGUCAGAUGAUCCAGGUGUUUCUCCUCCCCCUCGCCAGUUCAGAGAGCUGCCUGAGAGUGGACCUCAGGAGUGUCUUGUCAGGAUAUAUGUGAUCCGGGCAAUAGAUCUGCAACCCAAAGACAAUAAUGGCAGAUGUGAUCCAUACAUAAAGAUAUCAUUAGGAGGAAAUACGAUUGAAGACAGGGACAAUUACUUACCCAACACCAUAAACCCCACUUUUGGAAGGAUGUUUGAGAUGACAUGUUUCCUGCCCCAGGACAAGGACCUUAAAAUAGGAGUCUAUGACUUUGAUCUGUUGACCCGUGACGAGAAAGUUGGGGAGACAGUGAUCGACCUGGAGAACCGCUUCCUGUCUCGACAUAACUCGUACUGUGGACUACCUCAAACCUAUUGCAUUUCUGGAGUCAACCAGUGGAGGGAACAGUUCAAGCCUUCUCAGAUUCUUGAGAACCUGGCUCGCCUUAAAGGACUUUCCAAACCCAGGACUGAAGACAACGGCACUUCACUUACCUUCAAUGGAAAAGAUUACACGCUGGCACAGUUUGAGGACAACAAAGAAAUCCAUCAGCAUUUGGGCCCAACCCACGAACGACUCUGUCUGCACGUGCUCAGAACACAGGGACUGGUUCCAGAACAUGUGGAGACCAGGACUCUUUACAGCAGCUACCAGCCAAAUCUUUCCCAGGGACGGCUUCAGAUGUGGGUGGAUGUUUUCCCUAAAAGCCUGGGGCUCCCCGGACCUCCGUUUGACAUCACACCACGCAAGCCAAAGAAGUAUUUUCUUCGUGCUGUCAUAUGGAACACCACGGAUGUGACUUUGGACGAGACCAGCGUCACCGGAGAAGACAUGAGUGACAUCUAUGUCAAAGGCUGGAUGCCAGGAAUGGAGGAGGACAAGCAGAAGACUGAUGUCCACUACAGGUCUCUAGAUGGAGAUGGCAACUUUAACUGGCGGUUUGUCUUUGGAUUUGACUACCUGCCAGCUGAACAACUCUGUCUUGUAUCCAAAAAAGAGCACUUCUGGAAUCUUGACAAAACAGAGUUCAGGAUUCCCCCCAAGCUGAUAGUUCAGAUAUGGGAUAAUGACAAGUUCUCUCUGGAUGAUUACCUCGGGACACUGGAGCUGGACUUGCGUAAGAUGAUUGCUCCUGCCAAAACUCCAGAGAAGUGCUCCCUGAAGAUGAUGGAUGAUUUGGAAAUAGAAGUGCCAGACAAGCUGGAGAAAACAAAGUCUUUGUUUUCCCAGCAGUCAGUCAGAGGCUGGUGGCCAUGCUAUUUCGAACAGGAUGGGAAGAAGGUCCUGGGUGGCAAAGUGGAGAUGACGCUAGAAAUUGUCAGUGAAGCAGAUGCAGAGGAAAGGCCUGCAGGAAAAGGAAGGGAUGAACCCAACAUGAAUCCAAAACUGAACCUUCCCAACCGCCCUGAAACAUCCUUCUUUUGGUUCACCAAUCCAUGCAAGACCAUGAAGUUCAUUGUGUGGAGAAAGUUCAGGUGCCUCUUCAUUGGACUCAUCAUCCUCAUCAUCGUAGUUCUCUUCCUCGCUAUCCUGUUGUACUCUUUACCGAACUACAUCUCUAUGAAGAUUGUGAAGCCACUGAGUUAA